UUUUUUCUAUAGAAUCCAAUCCCCUUCUAUCUGCUUCUCUUCUACUCGGAAAGCAUUAGAAUUUUGAAUUAUACAAACAGAUCUCUCCCCAAUCUUCCCUCUCAGAUCUUCAACCUAAUUCAAACUCAUUUAUACAAUCACACAAUACAUACAUAUAGAGAGAGAUAGAUACAGAUCUGUAGAGAGAGAGAGAGAGAGAGAGAGAAAUGUUAGAUCCAGCAAAUGAUAUGCUUCCACCACCGUCUUCUCCAACAAUCUCCUCCGUUUCUUCUUCCGAUCUCGAUACAGUCGACAGGUUCGUUUUUCCAUGACCGAAGCACAACUCUGGGGACUCUGAUGGGCGUGACCUUCCCUGCAAUCACUUUUAGGGCUCCCUCUCAGCACCAGGAAUCCAACGCCGCUGCCGCCGGAGGAGUCUCCGCCGCCGCAAAUGCCGUCGGCGGCGGAGCGAGGAGGCGGAGCAACAAGGCGAAGAAGACGGCGGCGUUGGUGGCGGUGGCGGAACGGCGGAGACGGCGUUGGUGGAGGCUGUGUAGGGACGAGGAUUCGAGGCCGUCGUCGCUCGGCGAGUUCCUUGAGGUCGAGCGGAGGUUCGGCGACGGAGCUUUCUACUGUGCCACGGCGGAGAUUGAAGGAGCGAUCGGUGCUCAGCCGCCGGACCGACGGUUGCUGUUCGCUGACGGGAGGGUUUUACCACCACCGCCGGCGGAGGAUGCUCCGCCGUCGACCGCCGGAGCUCUUUGUAGAUUUCCGGUGUCUCUCACCGGGAUCUGUAGCGGUGGUGUAGGAUAAGAUUCGAGUGUUUUUUUUCUUUUUCAUUAUUUUUCGAUUAUUUGAAAUUCAAACAAUUAUGAUUUUGUAUGGAAUUUUAUUUCUCUGUGUAUUUUUUCUGA